UCUCAGGUUACCAAUAAUGGAAAUCCCACAGACAGAUUUCUUCUAUCUCAACGAGAGAAUUCUAAGAGAAACUCCAGAGAAUCUUGAGGAGUUGGUAAAAUCUACCAAGCAAGAAUGGCUAGAUGCUCCUGAAGACCAACCAGGUCUUAGAAAAGUAAAAAAGUUGGAAUACGUCAACCUCGUCUGAGGUAUCUACCUCAAUCUUUUUCAAGAGCUUGAUAUCGAAAUCAUGGAAGAGCUCUAUACAGAACUCAUUGAGAAUACAAGCGAUCUUACAGAAGGAUACAAUGGGACUGGUCCUUAUAGUGAGCACGGCUACAGAGCAAGAAUGCUCCUUGUUAUGCACAAUUUGUUCAAUGAUCAUGGAUGUUAUGGGAGAUCUCAGAAAUGUCAAAAUUUGCUCAAGGAAUUAUAUGAGAAAGAGAAAGAUAUCUAUAUAGCAUUCUGCCUUAUUUCUUCAUAUUUAAUGGAAUCUUAUGAUUCAUGGUCAAUGAUGUGUGAGACUCCAGAACAGUAUUUCGAAACUUUCGAUGAUUUGAUCGAAGAGUACGAAUUCUCAGAAGAAGUGAUGGCUAAUUUCAAAUUGAGAAAACUCAAGUUAAAGGCUGACUACUACUCAAACACUUGCCCUGAUAAAGCAACACCAAUUCUGGACGAGAUGAUUGAAAAUGUCUCAAAGAUAAAUUCUCUCUAUUUCCUAUCAGAAAUUGCAAACGAAAUAUUUUCCUGCUGCAUAAAGAAGCCAGAAGAGCUACUUAAGAGAGAAAAGGUAUUGAAAGAGUUGACUCUGAAGAACUUUGAGGAUCCUGCAGAUCUGGAGAAUAACAUUUCUAAUAUCCAUUUCUGCCUCAUCCACCUCUUCCUCAACGCAAGCAAAAAGGACGAAGCUAAAGCUACUGAGAUGAAGGAGAAGGUGAUGCAGAUCGCAGAGUAUAAUAACAUGAACGAGUACUCUCAGAUCAACUUUGAGAUCAUCAUGUGCCUCGGCCUGUUCGUCGUAAAUAAUGAUGUCAUUGAUCAAGGAAGGCUAUUCCAAAUGAGAAGGAAGUUGACCGAACUAGCUAAUUUUGGAGAGGACCCCAAGGAAUGAUGGAGGCUGAAUUAUCACCUUAUUAGUGUAUAUGGGCUAGUCAUACAGAUACAAGAGGCUAUGGGAGUCCAAGUUGAUCAGGAUUUGCCACAUAAGUAUGCUAAGGCAUUUGAAAAUGAUAAGUUGUCUUAUAUAUCAUUCUUUUCUUCCCUUGAAAACUCCUCCAAUGUCUCAAUACUUCCCUGUGUGGAAAAAGCAUUAGAAUACUGUGAUGAAUGAGGCAUAAGAAAGACUCAGAAAGGAAGAAUGAACUUAGAAGUCCUCAGCUGUAUUCUCAACAUCCAAAGCUCAGGAGUUGGUAUGAAUAUUGGUAAAGAAAAACUCGCUGAAUAUGUUGAACUAGUUGAAGCUUGUGAACUAUCUAUUUAAUCCAGACCUCAAUACUCGAAGGAACAGGUGACUACCAAGGCUUUUAUAAAACAAGUGAAAAAUUGCUCAACCUCAAUCCUAACUCCACCGAACAGCCGACAGUUAUCUCUGGACUAUAUGAGAAAAGAGGGCAUAGGGUCUCUAUCCCAGUUCUCCUUCCUUAACCCCCUUAACCCCCUUCAAAGAGUAAACUACAUUCUCAACACAGGCCAAGCAGAAGAAGCCGCCAAGUCAGCAGAACAGUUCCUACAGUGGGCUGCCAAAGUGGGCGAGGAAUCCGAUGAGUAUUAUAAAGCGCUAAAGGUUUGGUUCUUCGUCACAUCCGGGAUGUUGAUGAGAAUGAGGGAUGUAAGGGAGAGAGGUAUGCUUUUGAGGAAGUAUAUUAAGAAUUCAAGGAUCUAUGAAAGAAUUACAAAGAAGAAAUUUGGGCAAAAUUCAGUUGAAUAUUUAGAAGCAAUGAGAGAAGUUGGAUUUUCUCAAUCAGCUCAAGGGUUACUCCAUGAAGCUUACAAAACUUGGCUAUCAUGUCUUGAUAUUAGUAAGGAGGUAUAUGGCUCUGAAAAUAAUGAAUAUACUGUCUCUAUUCUUCUUGAGAUGGCGAUAAGCAAGGCUACUCUGAAGCAAUAUGAAGAUUCGAUAAAUAUUCUUGAAAAGUCCAAAAAGAUUCAGGCUAAAAUUAGUUCCAAAGUUUCUCCCCUAUAUAAAAAGAUCAUGUACAUUGAGGAUCAAAUUCUCAAGGCUGAAGAGAAAUUUGGGGUCAAGAAACCAGCCUCAUUCUUCACUAAAGGCGGCAAAAUUAUUAGUAUAGGUGUAGCACUUGCAGUAAUAGGAGGAGCAGCCUUCCUAUACUUGAAAAAGAAGAAAUAAAGCAUGAGUGAUUGGAAAUCCCUAAAAGUUCAAUUUC